AUGAUUUAUCAAGAUGUGUCACAAUGGUGGGGGCCUCUUGAUAAAGACAACGAUAAGGAUGUUGCAGCUGCAUUCCGAGCCCAAGAUUUUAGGUUUGGAUGGUUUAUGGAGUCACUAACAACAGGUGAUUAUCCAGAAACCAUGAAGAACCUAGUUGGUUCUCGUCUUCCGAGGUUUUCACCAGACCAGUCCAAGUUGGGUGGUUCAGAUUGGCUCAAUGUUUAUCCUGAAGGAAUUUCUAAGCUUCUUCUCUAUAUAAAGAAGACGUACAAUAAGUAUGAUACUCUUCCACCUAUUUACAUCACCGAGAAUGGUUUUGAUGAAAAAGAUAACUCUAGCUUAACUCUCUCGGAAGCUCGUGUUGAUCAAAUGAGGAUAGACUACCACAAUGAACAUCUUUUUUAA